AUGGCCGAUCUCCAGGGUCGUAAGGUCUUCAAGGUCUUCAACCAGGACUUUGUGGUGAAUGAACAAUACAAUGUGACCAAGGAAUUGGGACAGGGUGCCUAUGGUAUCGUCUGUGCUGCCACCAACAUCCAGACCGGCGAAGGCGUGGCCAUCAAGAAAGUCACCAAUGUCUUUAGCAAGAAGAUCCUCGCCAAGCGUGCCUUGCGCGAGAUCAAGCUUCUGCAGCACUUCCGCGGCCAUCGCAAUAUCACUUGCCUGUACGAUAUGGAUAUCCCCCGCCCGGACAACUUCAACGAAACAUAUCUCUAUGAAGAUCUUGGAUCUGACAAGGCUAUAUUAGAGUUGAUGGAGUGUGACCUGGCCGCGAUUAUUCGAUCUGGUCAGCCCUUGACUGAUGCUCACUUCCAAUCUUUCAUUUACCAAAUCCUUUGCGGCCUGAAAUACAUCCAUUCGGCCAACGUCUUGCAUCGUGAUCUGAAGCCCGGUAACUUGCUGGUCAAUGCCGACUGCGAGCUCAAAAUUUGUGAUUUCGGCUUGGCUCGUGGAUUCUCUAUCGAUCCAGAGGAGAACGCAGGCUACAUGACUGAGUAUGUCGCCACAAGAUGGUACCGUGCGCCGGAGAUCAUGUUGAGCUUCCAGAGCUAUACCAAAGCCAUCGACGUCUGGUCGGUUGGUUGCAUUCUGGCUGAGCUGCUCGGUGGACGACCUUUCUUCAAGGGCCGUGACUAUGUCGAUCAGCUGAACCAGAUUCUGCAUUACCUGGGUACCCCCAAUGAGGAGACUCUCGCCCGUAUCGGAUCGCCUCGCGCUCAGGAAUAUGUCCGCAACCUCCCAUUCAUGCCCAAGAUUCCCUUCCAACGACUCUUCCCUAACGCCAACCCGGACGCUUUGGACCUGCUGGAUCGUAUGCUGGCUUUUGACCCUUCCUCGCGUAUCUCCGUCGAGGAGGCUCUCGAGCACCCUUAUCUUCACAUUUGGCACGAUGCCUCGGAUGAGCCUGUCUGCCCGACGACCUUUGACUUCCACUUUGAAGUGGUGGACGACGUUCCUGAAAUGCGCAAGAUGAUCCUCGACGAAGUCAUCCGCUUCCGGGCCACCGUUCGCCAACAGUCCCAGGCCCAUGCGACCCAACAACAGCAGAUUGCCCAGGCGACUAACGUACCGAUUCCGGACCACCAGCAAGGCAUGUGGAAAACCGAGGAGCCUAAGCCUCAGGAGGCGGCCGCUGGCGGCGGGCAUAUGAAUGAUCUGGAGGCUUCGCUGCAGCGCGGCAUGGACUCCGUGCACCGGUGA